AUGGAUCAUGAAACUGAGGAGACGACCUCGGAACCCUCGCAGUCGCAGCCGCUGAGCUACACACAGGUCUCCGACCCGAAUGAAGAACUUUCACCUUCCUCGGCCUCGCGUGACCUGUUUGAUACCUCCCCUCAGUCAAGAAAACGAGCCCCCCUCGUCACCGGCGAAAUCGGACAAUUCCAAACCAAAGCAAUAACGUGCUUCCUCGAGUACUGCUAUCCGUGACCCGGCUUUCAAAUUCCUGUAUGCAGCCGCGAAACAGGCGGGUGCCGAACGCAAAAAACUGAUGACCACUAUCCCUGGCCCGCAAUACUACCGGUGCCGUGCUCUGUACCUUCAACGCCGAUUUGGAAAUCUUGCCGACUUAGACCUACAGAGCCCCGCUCGCCGCAACUUGAAUGACCAAGAACUUGACGCGUGGGUAGAACUUCACCGCACCAUUACUCAGGACGCCCUGGCUGAACUUAUAAAGAUGAGCCAAGCGCUCUCCCGCGACCAUCCCAGCCUUUUGAAGCCAUAAUUUUCACCGUCACCUUCAUGCGUUAUAAUUUUAUUUUAUUUUCCUUUCUAAUGGCAGUCUCGCUGGCAUCCAUUAACGCUAACGGCGCUGCCGAACGUCAUAAGCGCCUUAAGGUUUUUAGAUGCUUGCGAGCUAUGCCUGUUGAUUUAUUUUUAUUACAAGAAACUCACCUCGCGGACUUCACGCAAGGUAAGGCAUGGGAGAAAGAGUGGAGGGGGGGGGAGGUCAGUGCACGUGGUCCCCCGGCUCUAACCGGUCUGCGGGUGUCGCGGUUCUUAAUCACCCGAAUAGUGCUGCGAAACUCGUGGAUUCUAAAACCGAUCUCGCGGGUAGAGUAGUCACCGCCCUCAUUGAUUUUCAUGAGCAACGUUUUCAAAUCAUUAAUGUUUACGGGCCUAAUAAACACCGCGAACGCGAAUUAUUUUUUGACAAUCUCUGGCGUUUUAAAUACCCGAACAUCGAAGCUAUUGUUGUCGGGGACUUUAACUGUGUACCGGACAUCACGCUUGACAAGUGGGGAGGCGAUGACAGUUUUGGAGACAGGGCUGUCAUGCAGCUACACUCUUUCACAGCGACACUCGCUCUAGAAGACUUCUUUUCCGUUUCUAACCCGCGCGGUAGGAUUUUUACGUGGUUUAAGGUGGCUCGACUGGAUUUUUUAGGGGGGAUACCUCCCAAGUUUGAACGUCAACUACGUCGGCGUGAGUAGAGGUAUGGAAAAAAAGUUACCACAGCUGUAUUAUAUAAAGAUGAAACUUUCUUAUGAUCUGGGUUUUCUUGCAAUCGGAGUCACCAUAGCAACGUAAUGACGCCAUUACGUUUUUCAUUUAUCUUGGUGUUUCUCUGUACCAGGAGUUUUUUAAAGAAAUCGCUUCAGGGAGUAUGUACCUGUUAUAAUUGCCUCAGUUUUGGCAAAGAUUGAACAAAUUCUAUGAGAGCGUUUUUGAGAUAUUUUGAAACGAAGUUUUAAGAAUCAUAAAAACAGUGAAAUAGCAUGCUAUACACAAAAUUAGCUAAUAUUCUAAGAAAAUGACAAGCUUUGGAAACGCGGCUUCAUCUCAUAGUGGUUUAAUACCAUUGAAAACUGCCUUCCAAAAAAAACAGGGGAAUUGCUCUGGGCGAUCGCGAGAAAGAAGAAUUUUAUUAACCCGCAUUCGGCUGCGUUUGUUACAGUUUGUAUACGUAAUUUGGUCCAUACCUACAAAUUUCGCAUUAUUCCAAAAACCGCUCGAUAAAUUUUUUUAUAAACUUGACAAUCUAGAGAUCAUUUGUCAAUGAAUACACCCUGCAAGUUUCAAGGACAUUGAAAACAGGGAAGGCUUUUAAAUAAGGCCUCCAAAAGAAGUAAUUUUUCCCCCAGAUUUGAGUUUACAAGUGAGCGUCCUCAUUAUUCAUUGGCAUUGUUUUCAAGUUUCAUAUGCACGUGCACAACUAGUAAAAAACAGAAUUUGCAUCAAAAAGGACCCUCGGUUACUUUCCGAAAAAAUCUCCGGGAUAUGCUAAUAACCGGGUAAAGAAAUGAAGUAAUAUUACGCACUGAAUGUCACGCUAUAACGCUGUGUGAUGCAGUCAUGCCAAGGGUCUCUGAGUCCAGAAAAAGAAAAGCAGCUAUUCUGCUAAACAACAGUAGAGGAAAAAAGUUUAGUUCAAGUGAUGGUGAAACGCAGGUAUGGGUCCAUUCCAUUUAUUUAGUGUGUUUAUGGUGUCUUUUCUUAAUGUGGCACAGAAAAGAAACAGAAAUAAAAUUUCCGAGUCAUUUCCUAAUUUCAAUAUUAUUUUUCGACAGAAUGGUGAGAAGAAUCUUCCCAACCAAAACGAUGAUCUCCCUCACAAUUACCGAGGCAGACUAUUGAGAAAUGAGCAGUGUAAAUCUAUGAGAGAAUAUCGCUGGAGGGACCGAGUUGAUGUUGAUUCCAGUGAAAAUAAAUCAGCAGCCUGUGUUCCCGAGGGACCGACCUUAAGAUCUGCCUUGCCAUAUCAAAAAGUUCCAAAUAUGAAUCAGUCUUACGUGGUGAAUCUGGAAAUGUUAACAACCGCUUUGGAGGAAUGUAUGAAUUGUCACGAAGGACCCCUAGAUUUGAGAAACAGUUGCAACGUUCACAACGAAGGAGUGUGUCCAGUCAUGAAAGUAAAAUGUGCCCGGUGUGAUCACAUUAAUAUUCUUCGCCCAGCAGAACAUCAUGGAACGGGAAGAAGAGGUCCCCCAACUUUUGACGUGAAUUCCCGCGCAGGUCUAGGCGCACUUCAUUCUGGAAUAGGACAUGCCCAUUACUCGGGACUACUUUCAACGAUUGGAAUAUCGUCUCUGUCUUCGAGUAACUUUAAAAACCGCGAGCGAGAAAGUGGAAAGGUAGUAGAAGAAGUCGCCAGGGAGUCUUGUCAACGAUUUAACGAUGAAGAGAAGAGAUUAUCGUCAACUGGGGAAGAAGAAAUCGUAAAAGUGGGUGUGUCGUACGACAUGGGUUGGAGAAAAAGAGGCCGUAGUCAUGAUUCCUCGUCAGGAGUAGGAACAGCAGUAGGCUUGCAGACCGGCAAAGUCAUCAGCUAUGCCACUCGUAACACAAUUUGUCGGGUUUGUGCUGAAGCGCAAAAAAAGAAUCAGGAAGCAGUCGCACAUGAUUGCCGCAAGAACCACCAAGGCUCUUCCAAAAGCAUGGAGGCUAACGUAGCUGUCGAGUUGUUUUCUGGUGCAUUGAGCAGUGGUGUAGCUUACACUACUUACGUGGGGGAUGAUGACAGCGCCACAGAAAGUCAUCUUAAAACGUUAGUUACCUACAAUAUCGAGAAAUGGAGUGACAUAAACCAUGCAAGUCGGGCGCUAGGAACGCAUUUAUACGCAGCAAAAGGGAAGGUGAAAGGCCUGACACCGAAUAUUAUAUCCUACAUUCAGAGGUGCUUCACUUAUUGCGUUAACCAAAACAAGGGCCAGCCAUUGUUGUUAAUGGAAGGAUUUUCCGCCAUAGUACCUCACGCAUUUGGAGAUCACAAUAAGUGCAGCGCAUCCUGGUGUGGCUACAAAAAAAGAUCCAAAAGGUUAUAAGCACGGAGAUCUUCCCGGGGAAAGGAUUUGAAGGGCGAAGACCUCUGCGCUGCGGGUGCUUGAAGAUGCUCUUCGGCCAUUUAUGUGUGAGGAAUCAGCAAAGAAGCUAGCCCCUGGUGGCUCAUCACAGCGUAAUGAAUGCGUUAACAGCGUGGUUGGUUCUAAAGCCCCAAAAUCAGGCACUACGGAGGGUCUGAAAGUAGCGACUUUCGAACCAAGCGGGAAUCGCCCAGUUCAACGAAGGGCAUAGCUACGUCACACUUGCCGCAGAAAAAAAAUGGGUUUGUCAGGUAUGUCUGUUACAGAAGAGUAUACUAGAAAAAUGGAAAGCCAAAGGAAGCGGAACGCCGAAAGAAAACGACUAAGGAGUUUAAAAGGGUAAGAAGAAACUCCCGAAAGAAAAGGAAUCUAAGGAAAAAUUCAGUCGAAGCACGUGAGGGAGUGACAUAUCAAAGCGGUAUUGGAUUGCAGCAAACCGACAAAAACUAUGUUGUUACUAAGGCAACUAUGACUGAUCUUAAAGCAAGUCUUACUAAGGAGGAGUUUCAAGGUUUCACAGAGCCCCUUCCUAAAUUGAAAAACGUAACGAUACCCGAAUUACCUACCUCUCCACACAACUACCUCUUCUUGUCAAUGGACUUAGAGACAACGGGGCUUGAACGGAAGUCUGAAAUACUUCAAAUCUCAUGCUCCCCAUCAAAUGUGGAAACUGAGUCAUUUUCUGAAAACCUUUUCCCAGAACGUCAAAUUAUAAAUCAGGCGGCGACGCAGGUGCACGGUAUUAGCGUAGACUUUCGAAAUGGCCAAAAAACGUUGAUGAGGAGGGGGACUGAACUGGCAGCCGUAUCACAGACACAGGGUCUAACACAUUUUUGCUCCUAUCUUGAACACUACUCUCACUCAGCCAGGAUUGUACUAAUUGCACAUAAUGGAGAUAAAUUUGACUUCCCUGUUCUGAUAAAUGCACUUGAGAGGAACAAUUUACUUAGAGUGUUUCUCUCAAUCAAUGUUUUACUUGUGGAUUCUUUAAAAAUUGUUUCAAAGGAAAUGAAACAGAAAGAUAGUCCAUUGCAAUCCUGCAAGAGCAAGUCCUUAUCUGACCUUUAUGAGUGCCUAAUCAAGGAAACGUUUGACGCACAUGAUGCCGCGGAAGAUGCUGCCGCCUUAUCUCGAGUGUUAUUUCAGUCGCCUUUGAAAGUCACACCUGAAAAGUUCAUUGAAAACUCUUCCCCGGCAACUGCAUUCGUAGAAGAAAUGAAGUCUUCACAGGACGCCAGAGCACGGUAAACAACUCUGCAUCAACUGCCGGUUUCUGAAGGCAUGAAGGAGAAGUUGGGAAAGGCCGGACUUGACUUGACAACAAUGGAGGCCGUUUACAGAAGGGGUGAUACCAAAGCUCUGCUAGCAGUGAUAGGUCUACCAGAAGCGUUCGAAGAAAUAGUAGACAAAGCCAGUAAGCCAAGAGUAACCAAGAACGUAAAAAUUCUUACAGCAAUCGUAAAUUUUUUUUCAAACAGGCGUUCUUAAAUGAAUGAAUGUGUCCCACUUUCUAUUUUGUAGCAUGUUUUCGAUAAUUUAAAAGGUGCCAUUAAGUAGAUUAUUAUUACAUCCACGAAAACUAAAUGGCUAUUGUUAUUAUUUUAGACUUUAAAGAAUUGUUUGUAACUACUCUAUUCGUGUAAUUAAUUUAAAAAAUGAAAAUUGGAUCGGAAUGUACCAACGUUCCUAAAAGAAAACAGAAAAUUAAGUAACUCCAAAGAAUUUGUAUUUCCUUUUUCCUUUUACAGUAGCUGUUGUUAUUCAGCUUAUAUUUAUUCGUUCAGAGAAUUCUCGAAACGAGCAUGUUACAUGUCUUAGGAGGUACGCGGACGUUAUUCGUUUAGUUUGUGAACGUAUUUUUACAAACUUUGUCAAUCACACCCUCCUUCUAAGCAAGCUGUGUUUCACUUGAAAUUUGCAUGAAGAAAGAACAUUGCUAACAUGAAUUUCAUUAAAAAAAGAGCAGAGACAAUGGUAAUUUGUUUGAUGCGAAUAUCUAAAGGCGAUUGCAACAAACAACCCGAGUAAUAUACACGAUGAGCCGUGACGUUCACUGUUUCGGCUGUCACUGCUUCGGCUGUCACUGCUAUCCGUGACACAAGCCAAUUAUUAGCAUAUUCGGGAAAUUUCUUCGGAAAGUAAUCGAGAGUCGUUUUAAAUGCAAAUUUAUCUUUUUUGCUAGUUGUGCACGUGCAUAUGAAACUUGAAAACAAUGCCAAAGAAUAAUGAGGACGCUCACUUGUAAACUCAAAUCUGGGGGAAAAAUUACUUCUUUUGGAGGCCCUAUUUAAAAGCCUUCCCUGUUUUCAAUGUCCUUGAAACUUGCAGGGUGUAUUUAUUGACAAAUGAUCUCUAGAUUGUCAAGUUUAUAAAAAAAAUUUAUCGAGCGGUUUUUGGAAUAAUGCGAAAUUUGUAGGUAUGGACCAAAUUACGUAUACAAACUGUAACAAACGCAGCUGAAUGCGGGUUAAUAAAAUUCUUCUUUCUCGCGAUCGCCCAGAGCAAUUCCCCUCUUUUUUGGAAGGCAGUUUUCAAUGGUAUCAAACCACUAUGAGAUGAAGCCGCGUUUCCAAAGCUUGUCAUUUUCUUAGAAUAUUAGCUAAUUUUGUGUAUAGCAUGCUAUUUCACCGUUUUUAUGAUUCUUAAAACUUCGUUUCAAAAUAUUUCCAAAACGCUCUCAUAGAAUUUGUUCAAACUUUGCCAAAACUGAGGCAAUUAUAACAAGUACAUACUCCCUUAAGCGAUUUCUUUAAAAAACUCCUGGUACAGAAACACCAAGAUAAAUGAAAAACGUAAUGGCGUCAUUACGUUGCUAUGGUGACUCCGAUUGCAAGAAACCCCAGAUCAUAAGAAAGUUUCAUCUUUAUAUAAUACAGCUGUGGUAACUUUUUUUCCAUAUCUCUACUCACGCCGACGUAGUUGACGUUCAAACUUGGGAGGUAUGCCCCCUAAAAAAUCCAGUCGAGCCACCUUAAUGGCCCUCAUUCCGUAGGAUGUCGGCUAGAUCGGUUUGAUACCCCGCGAGCCUGGAGAUCACGCAUCGCGCGACACACGUGUUCGUCCUUUGCGUACUCUGAUCACCAUUUAAUUAAACUUCAAGUCACGUUCGGACCUACUAAUCCCCGGGGCCGGGGGGUAUGGAAAUUCAACACACAGCUGCUCAAAAACGAAAGUGUUUGCGCCGCCGUUAAUUCCUUUUGGUCAUCGUGGAAAUUAAGUAAACCAGCUUUCACCGACCAUCGGGUUUGGUGGGACGCUGGAAAACUGCAAUUAAAAGAGAUCGCCAUCGCUCAUAGUGUCGCCGAAGGACGUGAGCGUAAAUGUGACAAACUUAAUUUAGAAAUUGAAUUUCGCAACAUCCUGGCUCGCGGUACUUCAAAUACCGCCGACGAUCACGUUCGCUUAGCGGAGGUUAGAGAUCUCUUAAAAGCCAUCGAAGAGUGUAACGUAGAAGGAGCUAUAAUCCGUAGCAGAGAGCAACGGCUAGAAUUCGGAGAAAAGCCCACUAAAUACUUUUAUCAACUCGAAAAGCAACGCCAGACCCGUAAUUCGAUCAAUGAAUUACGCGUCGGAGAUCAGACCGUCACGUCUCACAAAAAUAUUUUGACAGCUUGGCGAGAUUUUUAUGUGAACUUGUAUACUGCUGAA